AUGGCCGCCAACGAGGCAGACAAGCUCAUCACCUCGGAUGACCACGAGCACCCCGCCAACCUCAUCCCCUCACUCUGCGCCAAGUUCUGGACGCUGGGCUGGGUCACCGGCACGGGCGGCGGCUGCUCCAUCCGUGAUGACGACCUCGUCUACAUUGCCCCCUCGGGCGUGCAAAAGGAGCUCAUGAAGAACACCGACAUCUACGUGCUCUCCCUCUCCGCGCAAAACGCCACCUUUACCGACCGGACGUACCUCCGCGCGCCGCCCUGCCACAAGCCCAGCCAGUGCACGCCGCUCUUCCUCGCGGCGUUUACGCGCCGCGGCGCCGGCUGCUGCAUCCACACGCACUCCCAGUGGGCCGUGCUCGUCACGCUCCUCCUCGAGCAGGCUGCUGCCACCCAUGGCGGAGGCAACCCAAAGGUGUUUGAGAUCAACAACAUUGAGCAGAUCAAGGGCUUCCGGCGCGGGUGGAAGAAGACGGGCAACCUGGGGUACCACGACACGCUCAGGAUCCCCGUCAUCGAGAACACCCCGCACGAGGAGGACCUGACCGAGUACCUCGAGGCCGCCAUGGAGGAGUACCCGGACACGUACGCGGUGCUGGUGCGGAGGCAUGGCGUGUACGUCUGGGGGGACGACGUGCACAAGGCCAAGACGCAGUGCGAGAGUCUGGACUAUCUCUUUCAGCUGGCCGUCGAGAUGAAGAAGCUCGGCAUUCCUUGGAUCAGCGAUAUCCCUCGCGUCGCACCCGACAGGGCGUAA